GCGUGCUCGUCUUCACUCUUAUAGACACGUUUUUCAGAUGGCUCGAAAAUCGAGUUUGGGGGCUGUUUAUACAACAGCUGUAUUUUCAUAACGAAUCAACGUUCAGUGCCGAGACACUUUUCAUUUUAUAGAGAAAUGUUUGAUCUAUUUAAUUAUCUAGUUGUAAUUUUAGAUUAUUUUCUAACUUUAUUGCCAUAGUUCUUUGACAAAAGAGCGAAAAGAGGAGACGGUUAGCCGUCGAUAUUUCUUUUAUCUACAAGCUGAAAAUGACCCUUUUUCUCUUGCAUAAUUUAGAACGAUUGGACUUUGUUACUCAAGUAUCUGUCGGCGUAUGUACUGGGCAAACAUUUUGUGGUGUUGUUGGCCAUGCUAUUCGAUGUGAGUACACAGUUAUCGGACGUAAAGUAAAUAUGGCUGCUCGAUUAAUGGUAAAUUAUCCGGGAGCAGUCUCGUGUGAUGAUGAAACCUAUCAUAAAGCACAUAUUGAUGAUCGAUAUUUUGAUGAGUUGCCAUUAAAACCAUUAAAAGGUUUAGAUAAAAUUGGAUCAAUUCGACGCUAUAAAGGACAAAGUGAUGUUACAAUGGGUCACAUUGAUCUGUUUAUAUUUCCGAUGAUUAAUCGUGAUGAAGAUGUUGCUAUUAUAUCAGAACAAUUGGAUGGUGUGAAAGAAAAUCGUUUAUUUGAUACACGAUGUAUAUUUAUUGCUGGUCCAGCUGGUUGUGGUCGUUCUCGUCUAUUGGAUCAUGUUCAUGAAUUGAUUAUGUCUGAAUAUCCAACAAUUCGUGUGAUAGUGCAUCAUGCCAGUUUUGAAAAUGUUCAAAUACCUGGUUACGUUUUAAAACAAUUAUUUAAAAUAUUAUUAUUAACUGAAUUACAAGAUCCCGAUGCUCUAUUAAUCUUACUAAAAUCAUUAUUAGGACACUAUUAUCAAUAUUUAUACUUAAUUAGACAAUAUUUUGAUAAAUUAAAUGUUGACAAUUUUAAAGUAAGAAAAUUACAACAAUCAGGAAAACAAAUUGUAGAACAAUUGAUUAUUACACUAAUAAAGAAUACAACAAAUAUUGAUUUUAAAGUGAUGAAUUACGGUCCACAACAGACGGUAUUUCUCAUUGAUGAUGCACAAUAUUUAGAUAUAGAAUCCUGGCAAUAUAUUACAUUAUUAGGAGCAUCACCUACAUCACUUGUUAUCAUGGCUAUGCGAGAAAUGUCACACGAUGAAAAUUCUGAAUUGAACACGUAUAUUGCCAAUGUAAGAGAAAGUGAAACAACAAAAUAUAUUCAUUUUAUGGGGAAAAUUUUACUCAUAUUUGAUGCUCAACCUCCUAGUUAUCCAGUUCUGAUAUCUAUCUGUUCAGAAUUUUUAGAUAUUGAAGGAAUUAAAGAAUAUUUAUGGAAACGUACAAUACAAGAAGAUUCAAUUGGACGAAAACAUAUUGCACUCAAAUUUGCACCCGAUCAAUAUUGUCGAAUUCUUAUAAGUGAUCGAGAAAAAUUAUGGUCAUCAAAUUUGGGAUAUGAAAAUAUUCAUGCAACAGUUAAAAUUGAUAAAUUAUUUGAUUUUGAAAAACGAAUAGCAAAAAUAUCUUCACUGAUUGGUACAAGAAUAUCAAAACGAAUUAUUGUUCAAGCUUUAACUGGUAUAGAUAUAAAUUUUUCACACAUCGCACAUCGUAAUUACAUAGGAAAAAUUAGUAUUAAUACACAGAUUGAAUUAACAAAAAUAAAUUAUGCGUUUGUUCAUCUAUAUCGUUCACAAAUAUUUGAAUGUGCAUGGAUGGAACAUGAAGCAAAAAGAAAUCCACUAUUAACAGAGAAAAAAGGUGUUUAUUCUGUGUGUUGUUGUCCAGAAAAUGUCACAAAACAAAUAGAAAAUUGUCUAAUGUUUACCUUUAAAGAGGCGGCAUUAAAAGAAGCAGCAUUAAAAAUAUUAGUUGAAUCAUUUAUAUAUGAAUAUACAACGAAAAUGGCACGAUUUCUUGAAUCAAAACCACAUUUUUGUAAAUCAUGUGGUGGACCCGAUCUUCUUGUAUUCUUAUCACCUGUUCAAGGUGUUAAAUUAGGUAUGACUAUUUUGGAUGCGUUACAUGAACGGCAAUUAAAAGAUCUGAAAAACCGUUUACAAAAAAUGAUUUACGACACAUUUUAUAAUCGUCAAAGAACUUUUCGUCCUACCAUAGAUACAAAUCCACUACCAUCAUCAACUUUUCUUCGGCCAUUUCAAUCUCAAUAUUCAUCGAUCUUCGAUGAUGAUCCACCCGUUGAUACAGUUAGUGAAUUACUUCAAGCGCAAGAAAUCAAAUCAGUCGCAAAAAUAGCAGAAGGUAUAAUUAUUAACGGGAGCUUUCUUUUAUCUAAGCCUGUCACUAUUGCGUUAGUAACCUCAGUUAACGAUUUAUCAGACAUGGAAGAUUAUGAAAAAUUACAAUCAAAAUUUAUCAAAUCUUUUGAGAAGAAUAGCUUUGGUGAGGAUACAAUGGUUGAGGAAGAAAUUACACAACAUAUUCAAAUGGAAAAUCCACAACAAGAACAGAGAAAAGCAACAGAUUUCUUAAAUCAAUAUCAUCAUAACAUAGACGAAACUGAAAAAGAACUAAACGAAACAUUUUUUAGAACCCAACGUGAAGUAUUUAAACAAGUCGAUAAAUAUUAUCAAUCCAAACUAUCAUUGACACCAACAACUGAUAUAACUGAAGUUGAUAGAAAUGCGGACACUGAAAAUCGAUUUACUUUUCAAAAACUUAUUUCUCAUAGUGAUGAACAACGUCAUUAUCAUCAUCCCGUGGAGUUUACAAUACCGCAAGGCGGUUCUAAAACUCCAAAUAGAAAAAAACAUUUUAUUGAACAACCACCUAUAAAAAAGUAUUCACUGUUAAAACAACAAAUAGGUAAAUUGAUAACAAGUCAAUGCAAUGUUUCACGUAUUAUGGUACAAGAAAAUUCAAAUACAAGAGUGAUUAGUAAUGUACCAUCCAUAGAAUCAUCACCACAUAAAAAGUAUUCCACUACUCAUUUGUUUAAUGUAAAUGUGAAAAAUCAGAGUUAUUCACCAUAUUGUCAAUAUUCUACUACAUCUCGAAAUAACCAUUAUCGACAUAGUUCGCAUUCGUCAAAUUCAUCGUUAUCUAAUGAGUACGAGGAAGAAAGUAUUGGUAAUAAAAGGAAAAAUAAUUGGCAUAUAAUGUUAAUAAGAAAGUAUUUAACACAAGAAAAUAAAGGACAUGACCAUAGUUUAAAGAAAACUGUGAGAAGAUUGUUUGAAAAACGAUUUAAAUUUAGAAAAAAACGAUCAAAAAUAGCGACUAACAUAAAACAACAAAAAUCAGUGAUCAAAGAUAAACAUACAAAGUCACCGAAGUUAGAAAAUGAUGAUUUUUUCCCCCUUUAUGAAAAGUGUAUUACAAAACAGUCGUCUAAGAACAAUAUUUUAUCAACAAUUUUCGAUACAAGUUUAUUAUCAAAAUCAAGUCCUUCUAAUGGACAGCAUUAUUUUAAUGAAACAUCAUCGAUUCAAUCUCCUUUUGGUUAUCAUUUAUUUAAUCAUUCGCAAAAUUUUAAUAAUAAUUAUACGAAAGAAGAAGAAUAUAAUCUUGAUGAAAUAAUGCAAAAGAUGUGGAUGAAAUCGAUACAUAAGUCGAAAAAAAACAAUCAACAGCCAAAAUUUAACAAUAACAAUGGUAAAACACAUAAAACAUUUGCGAAUAGUUCGAAGUACAUGAGUAAUAACAAUGAUCAUGGUGAUUCCAGUUAUAAAGGCUGUUCGUUGAACGCAGCGGAUGUUGAUUAUUUAUAUUCAAUUGACAAUAACGAUCAUGAAUUGGGUAGUCGUCAAUCGUCAACAUUAAUGAAUCAAACUAAUGCACAAAAUGGAGAUAAUUUGAAUUAUCAACAUCAAAAUUAUUCAAGUGAGGCAACUGCAAUUAGUCGUGAUCAAUUACAAUACCUUCAACAACAACAACUGGUUCAGUUGCGAGAAAAACACCCAAUUAAUACUACUGGUAACAUGUUUAUAGAAAUCGCUUGUCCAAGAAAUGAGCGUAUGAUGGGUCUAGUCAACAACAGUGCCCAUCCAUCCGACACUCAAAUCCUCAAAUCACAUAGUACAACAACAUCAGGACAAUUCUCUCAUUGGCCAUCAGAUCCUCCACUAAAUCGUCUACCAUUUCUUCAUGAAAAUCCUCGUAAUUGUACACGUACAUCAUCAAUAAUCUCAUCACCACAAGACCUUUUAGAAUACGAACAGUUAACGUUUAGUCCUAGCCGUCUAUCAUACUUUGAAAAGAUUACAAACAAAACACCAACAUCGUUUAGCAUUGGUGCACCUCAAGCGUUGCCCCGAUCACCAUUGAUCACGUAUGGUACGGAAAAGGAGAGCGAUGAGCAUACACCAUUUAUUAUACCACAUCGGUCCAUGAAUAAACCCAGCUUAACAAAUUUAAUUGAUGUACUACCGUUGAGCAAACGAAAUGAUGAAAAUAUAAAAGAUAAUAGUAAUUUAGGACAAAAUCAUACAUCAUUGAAAACAGUCUUUCAUGCUCACCUCAAUACAGCUAAACAACAAGAACAACAGCAACCCGUAAGAAAAGAAAAAAAACAUCGAGUUGUUAAACGAACAAACGAACUGCAAAUGAAACACAGUACUAGCACAAAACAUAAACGAUUAUUAACCACGGAUAUCAUGUCAGAAGCAGAACAUUUGGGCAAACAUUUACGCUUAUCAAAACGUAACGAAAAUAGUAAACAGCACCAUCCCUCUGCAUUAGACUCGACAAAUGAUGAAGAAUAUUCACCGACCUACCGAAAUACUCUAUUAGAGCAAGAAGUACCAUCGAUUAAUCAACGAAUCUAUUUGGAUUUUACUGAUGCAUGUCCACUAUUUUUACUGAAAGAAGGUAUCGAUCACAGAUUUGAAUUUUUAGAUUUUGUACCGGAAUUAUAUUUACGUAUGACAUUCCAUCCGAUCGAAGAUGUUGAAUUAAUAUCAUCGCAUUCUGAUCGUGAUAAGAAUCCAGAGCUAUCACGAAUAUCAUCGGCAUUUAAUACUAAAGUGUCAACAACUGAAUAUGUUGAAUAUAAUCAACGAAAUUGUCGAUGCAAUUUUUUACUAACAGAAGUUUAUCGACUAUUAAUUAAACUAUGGGAACAAGCUGGACAUAUUGAAAAAGUACUGUAUUAUUCAUUACAACUAGCUCGUGUUGAACUUGUUCGAACAAAUUACUAUGAAACGAAAAUUAUUUUACAACGUAUUAUCGAACGAUUUAAGAAAGAUGGACAAAAUUUAAUGUUACCGUCAUUUUUUGAGCCACAAAUCUAUGAUUUAUUAUCCGAAUCGGUGUAUCGAAUGUACAAGAAUGAUGAAGCAUUUUUAUAUGUUAUGUAUGGAUUGAAAAUAUUGAAUAUACAAUUAAUGGAUUUUCGUUCACGCGAUUCGGCAAAAUUAAAAUUACAAUGUAAACACUUGCGUCAUCAAUUAAUUCGUACACUCAUUCGUAAAAAUAUCAUUAACAAAAAAUUAUCGGAUGAUGAUAUCAUACGGCGACAUUUUUGUGGUAAAUUAUUACUUCGUGCUGGACAAUGUGCACGUCGACAUGGUGAAUUAUUGUUUUCUUAUUUUUGUGUAUUGAAUGCUGCUUUGAGUUUACUACAAGGUACAACAUCCGGUUAUUAUGAUCAUGUACACGCUCUAUCGUUGCUAGCUGAAAUAAGUCAUGAUUUAAAGCGAAUGGACGAUUGUGAUUUAUUUGUACAAGCAGUUGUGUCACGCAUUGAGCCAAUACAAACGGGUCAUGAAACAAUAGCCAUUAAAGCAAAUUGGUUAUCGAUGAUAUGGAAUUUAUAUCAUGGGAAAAUCGAUCGAGCUCUAAAUGAUAGUUACAAAGUCAAAGAUUUAUUAACGAAAAUUGGAGCAUUUGAAAGAUUGAUUUCAGUGGCUACAUACAGUCUACAGGCUGCAUUAAUAUGGCGUCGCGAAGAAAUCAUUCAUGAUCUAUUCGAUGUAGUUGAUAAUGAAUCAAAUCGUCCAUUACAAUAUGAGUCGAAACUAUGGUCAUUUGUUAUUACACUAGAAGCUCUUGUUGAACUAGAUGUUUUUUAUGAUGAACAAAUAUUAACAGAAGUUGUUACAGCUAUCGAUUAUAUUUUAGAGCAUUUAGAAAAAAAAACAUCGACACAAUCCGAAAUAAACAAGUUCAUAACCGUUGUUUUCUAUACGGAAGCUACAUUAUGUGAUUGUUAUACAAGAAUAGGCAAUUUACAACGAGCAAAUAAUCAUUAUCAACGAGCAGUUAAGUUUGGUUUAUCUUUAAAAGAAUGGACAUUUCGCGUUUGUAAUGGCAUGUUAAAAUUGGCAUUCUAUGAAAUAUAUGAAUGUACAAAAUAUUUGGUAGAUAGUCGAACAAAGUCAGUAAUACCACAAGAGAUACACGAACGUUUGCUAAUUAGUCGCAUGGCCGAUAUUAUUAAAUAUUUUAAAUUACUAAAACCAAGAUAUUUAACAUGUUUAGCGUUAAAAUUCUUGAUUACAAAAAAUAAACGUAAUGCCAAUGCAAAAUUUUCACAUGCCGUUCGAUUAGCCAACGAAAUGAAACUACAAGCUGAAAGAGAGCGAGUUGAACGUAUAAAACGAGAAAUAUUUCGAACAGCAAAAAAGAAGAAAUAA